AUGGCGGCAACGGCUGACCUUAGCGGACCGCUCCCACCAGGAACGGCCCAGGAAAAGUAUGAAGGAAAUAACGACAUCGACCGUCUUCCCGACCAAGAGCUAAACGUGGCCAUCCCGGGAGAAGACGAAGCGCUGCGACAGACGCAAUGGAAAGACCUCUUCAACUUCAUGACUCGGAAGCACGCCCCACUGUUCGCCCUCGCAUUCUCACUGUCCGUGAUUUGCGGUCUAGCAGUGCCCGCAAAUGCGUAUCUGCUUGGAAAGGUGUUCGAUGCAUUCGCUAAGCAGGGAGCCGGGACAAUGACAGGAGAAAAGCUCAGGAGCGAGGUCUCAAAGUACUGCGUCUACAUUAUCGCUCUUGCCGCAGGAAACUGGCUGAUGAACACCUUCUACUUCACGACAUGGAUUCUCUUCGGAGAGACACAAGCCAGGAGUGCUCGAGAGCGGGUGUUUGCGGCGCUGCUCAAGAGAAAUAUGACCUGGUAUGAUCAAAGGAAGAACGGUGUUGCAGCAAUGGUCCCACGACUCCAGACGCAAACGCGAGAGCUUCAGUUGUCCCUGUCCCAGCCAAUGGGUACCAUCAUCGAGCACCUGGCCACGGCAUUCUUGUGUCUCGGUAUGGCCUUUUACUACUCCUGGCGCAUCACGCUCGUGAUCCUUUGCAUCGUCCCCGUCUCCAUCAUUACCGUCAUAUUUCUCUCCAUCCGUCUCCAGAAGAACAUCGGCUAUCAGAUAGAGAGUCUACAGGAAGCGCUCAAGUAUGCCAUAGGCGCUAUCAGAUCCAUUGAGACGGUCAAGAGUUUCAACGGACAGGAUCACGAGGCGUGGAAGUAUACCCGUCUCGUACGACAGGCGGCAACCUUCUACAUUCGCCAGGCCAACCUCAACUCGAUACAGAUGGGUGUCAUGUCAUUCGUCAGCUUUUCCAUGUUCAUUCAGGGCUUUUGGUACGGUAGCACGCUGCUUGACAAAGGCCAAACACCUGGAAAGGUACUGACUACAUUUUGGGCCGCACUCAUGGCUUGUCAAGCUUUCAUGUCAGUCAUGCCACAGUUUUUGGUCAUGGAAAAGGGCAGGGCUGCAGGCGCGAAGCUAAGAGCGGUCAUGGUCCACGGGUCGAAGGGCCAGGAGGAAACAAGGCCCGAGGACGGGCUGAAACCUGAUCACUGUGCUGGAGACUUCGAGUUGAAGAACGUCUGCUUCUCCUACCCAAUUCGUCCCAAUGAACUCGCCCUCAACAACGCCUCCCUCUUCUUUGCCGCGGGCGAAACCACGUUUGUCAUAGGCAAGUCUGGUUCCGGCAAGUCGACCAUCGGACAAGCUCUCUGCCGCUUCUACCCCACCAAAUCGGGCAGCAUCACGCUCGAUGGCAACCCGCUCGAGGCGCUAGACAUCGACUGGCUGCGGCGCAACAUCACGCUGGUGGAGCAGAAUAGCGUACUCUUCAACGGCACCAUUUUCCGCAACAUCACUUACGGGCGGCCCGAUUUUGAUCGCGUGACGCUGGAUGAGGUGAAGGAGGCGGCGGAAUUCGCACUGCUCAAGGAGACGGUGAGCAACAUGCCGAACACGUGGGAUACUGAAGUGGGAGCGAGCGGGACAUCGAUGAGCGGUGGUCAGCGGCAGCGGAUGGCGCUGGCGAGGGCACGCUUGAGGGAUACACCGGUGCUGAUAUUGGACGAGUCAACCAGCGCACUUGACUAUAUCAAUCGCACCCUUAUCAUGGAGGCGAUUAGAUUCUGGCGGAAAGGACGGACGACCAUCAUCAUCACGCACGACAUCUCGCAGAUCCAGCAGGAUGACUACGUCUACAUUCUUGAGAAAGGCAAAGUGGUGCAGGACGGAUACAGGAAAUCGAUGGAGAAGGCCAAGAGCUCGCCGUUCCAAAAGUUCAUCACCAUCAAGGAAGAAGAGGAGGAAGACGAGGAUGAGGAGAAGGGAGACACUUUCUCUGGUUCGAGUAGCCCCGAUGGUCAAGGUCGGCCCAGACCCCACAGCAUGCAGAGAACCAGCUCAAGGUACUCGGAGGAAUCUUCCGACGAUGAAGAGAGCAACCAGGACCCGCUGCAAAACUACCUCGAUGCCGACGACUUCGUUGCGCCUCGCUUCGUGCCCAGCGUGUUUGUCGAGCAGCGUGUCGAGCCUGGAAACCGAAACUCGAUGAUCCUCCCUCCAGCCAUGGGCGCCAACUUUUGGCGUGUCCUCCCACCCUCUGCGGCGUUCUCGUCUCCCGAACCCAAAGAUGAACCCUUACCUGAACAGUCCCCUUACUUCGACGUUCUGGAAGGCAAGAGGCGCUCCGGCUUCUACGGCUUUGACCACGGGAUCUCAGAGACCCGCCCUAUGUCCAUGACGAAGCGGGACUACGAGAUAGGUUUCGGGGUCAUGGACGGCGCUGAUAACAAACGCCAAAGUAGACGGAUGUCCCGCUUGGAGGCGACCCCCCUUCAGGAGCAACGUCGGCGCAGGAUAACGAUGAUCAACGCCAUCGCCGGCACACCUGGCCUCGUUCCUACCGAAGACCAGCAUGAAAGCGCAGCAGCAGCAACACCCAAAUCCCCUUUACAUCGCAUAGCCUCUCGCCUCCCUCUCGUCGGCGGAAGGCAGAAACGGAAAGAACAGGACGCCAAUCUACUCACGUACAAGCAGAUCCUGUCAACCGUCUGGCCACGCCUCACCUGGCCACAACGGGUCCUCCUCUUCAUCGGCGGCGGCGCCUGUGUGACGCAUGCGGUCGCGACACCGGUUUUCGCCUAUAUAUUCAACAAGCUGCUCGCAACCUUCUACCUUCCAGGGCCGGACCGCUCCCGCAAGGCCCUCGUCUACUCACUCGCCAUCCUAGGCAUCUCAAUCGUCGACGCAACAGCCAACUACCUCUCGCACUUCAUGCUGGAGUACACGGCACAGAUGUGGGUGCACGCGGUGCGCGAGAGCUCGAUCCAGGCCAUCCUAGCGCAACCGCGCUCCUUCUUCGACGAGCCGGGCAACGGCGUCGAAAGCCUCUGCGAGGCACUCGACUACUGCGGCGAAGAGAUGCGCAACCUGGUAGGGCGAUUCCUAGGAGCAGUCUCAGUCUCAGUGCUCAUGAUGGGCACAGCCAUCGUGUGGUCGCUGGCGUCGGCGUGGAAGCUGUCACUGGUGGGGCUAGCCGUGGCGCCCGUCUUCUACGCCAUCACCGUCACCUUCAACCGCGUCAGCAGCCGGCAGGAGCACCUGCUCAACGAGGCCGACGACGUGGCGACGAGCGUGCUCGGCCAGACGGUCGUCAACAUCAAGACGGUGCGCGGGCUGACGCUCGAGGGCCCGCUGCGCCGGCAGUACCUGGCGGCCACGCGCGCCAUCUUCUCGCGCGGCUGCAAGCGCGCUGCGGCGUGCGGCCUCUUCUACGGGCUGACGGACAGCAUCGUCUUCUUCGCGACGGCGCUGCUCUUCUACUACGGCGCGGUGCUGGUGGCCGACGGCUCCUUCAGCACGCCCGCCGUGCUGCAGGUCUUCACCGAGCUGACCAUGAGCAUGACCAACGUCAACUCCAUCGUCGCCAUGAUCCCGCAGAUGGGCUCGACGCGCGACACCGCCACACGCCUCCUCCGCCUAGCCACCCUCGACACCACUUCGCACGAGAGCACCGGCACCACGCGCAUCCCCACCAUCGGCGACAUCACCCUGCACCACCUCGACUUCGCCUACCCCUCGCGGCCCACCCACCCCGUCCUCCGCGACCUAUCCUGCACCAUCCGCGCCGGCACCUGCGCCGCCAUCGUCGGCCUCUCCGGCUCCGGCAAGUCGACCAUCGCCGCCCUCCUCCUCAAACUCUACCCCCCUCCGGACGGCCGCGCUGCCACACUUACCCUAUCCGGCAGGGACAUCCGCCACCUGCACACGCCGACGCUCCGCGCCCUCGUCGCCGUCGUCAGCCAGACGCCGACCAUCUUCCCGGCGUCCGUCCGCGACAACAUCGUCUACGGCCUGCGCGCCGACGAUCCGGGAACGAGCUGGCAGAACGUGCGCCAGGCGGCCGUGUCGGCCGGCAUCGACGAGUUCGUCAUGACGCUGCCGAAUGGCUACGACACGGUUAUCGGUGAUGGCGGCAUCGGGCUGAGCGGCGGGCAGGCGCAGCGCGUGGCUAUCGCGCGCGCGCUGGCAAGGCGGCCGGACGUGUUGGUGCUGGAUGAGGCGACGAGCGCGUUGGAUGUUGAGAAUGCGCGGGUGGUGAGGGAGACGAUUAGGGGGCUUGUGAGGGGGAAUAGAAGGGAUAUCGCGGUGGAGCAGGAGGGAAGGAGUGGGAGUGGGAGUGGGGGGAGUAAGAUUGGUGUGGGCAUGACGGUGGUGAUUAUCACGCAUGCGAGGGAGAUGAUGGAGAUUGCGGAUCAGGUCAUCAUGCUGGAUCAGGGCCGGUUGGUCGAGGAGGGGACGUAUGCGGAGUUGAGCAAGAGGAAGGGUGGGGAGUUUGCGCGGUUGCUGAGGGGUGGGUUGGAAGGGGAGGAGGAGAGGCCGUCGGCGGAGGAGGUGGAGAGGCUUGAGAAGAGGAAGCAGAGGAGGGAGAGGAGGGAGAGCAGGCGGAUUUCCGAGUGGAGGUUCUCGGGUGUUGCGAGGAAUCGGAGGAGUGGGCUCUGGUAG